AUGUCGGCCAACCAGCUGCCACCGUUCAUGAGGCAGCAAGCGAUGGCUGCUUCCAGGGCUGUUCAGCCCGAGGACUCGAUCAGCAAUGUGAGUGGUCGAAGUUGGAACUAUGUUCACCGGGACGACGAGGAUGCAGAUCUGCCACCUCCUGAUUUGGAAUUGCCAAAAAGACAUCAGGAGGUGACCAUUGAGAACAAGAUCGCACCACCACCUCAAGAAACACAAGAAAGUGCCCAAGGGGCUGAUCAGCCGGCCAGUUCGUCAGAUCCACAAACACCAGCACCCAAGGCUCAGCCAGAGAUCGCCCCGAAGGCGCCACCGCCAGGAGUGCCUCCACCACCUCCUGCAUACAGCUCGGCAGCAGCAGCCCCUGCCACUCAGGCAGCACAGAACCUCUUGGAAGCGAUCGCACUGCAGUAUCAUGAUCCGGCCACAGAGAAGGCCACAAUGAUCUUGCCGCCCACCAUGGGCGCCCCGGCGGUCGCGAUUGCCCAGACCAAGUGGCAGCCGAUCCGCGACUUGGUCGGUACUGGGGCCAGCUCGACGCCAUCGGUGGACAGCAUGCGGGUGACGCCUGUGUCGCUGACAGAUCCAGGACAAAAGCCGGUAUUGGGCACAGCUCAGACCAAUCAGCCGAUCUAUGCACCUCGUAGGUCGCUCGAUCAUAGGGUCGAUCGCCCUUCAACAGUGACCAUCACGCCGGAAGAGGCAACCCCGGGAGGUGUGGAUAGGUGGGUCGCUAAAGUGCUAGCACUGCCCGUGUUUUCGCAUGACUUCGCGGAUGCGCUCGCAGCGUCGCCGCUGGCCAAUUUGGCGCUGAUCGCAUCGAUGGAAGUAGCAGCGGGGGCACAGUUCGUGCAGAAAGUUUCGGACUGGGCCGGGACGAUGGACCCCAAGGCAGCUCGCUGGGCCUUGACGGUGGUUCAUCCAUUCACAGUGCAGCUCGACGUGGAGGCCUCGUUGCAGACCGCAGUUCAUGCUCUGGCUUUGCAACCUGCUGCGGUCAUAGCACGUCGCUUAGAAGCUCUGCAAUGGUGGGAAGCCGAAGCUCAUCGGCUGCUGCCUGAGACGAUCGCUCGCAUUGAAGCUCAGUCGGAUCCUGACCUUCGGACCCUUCUGCGGGGAAUCGGAAUUGACUUCAAUAUAGCAGCAGAGGACGUGUUGAAGUCCUUUGCAGUGAUAUUGACCUUCACGAAGCAGGACUUCAGCCGCCUGCGCGGCCUUUCCCAGAAGCUCUUCAGGUACGACCGCUUCCCAGCAAGUGAUGAGAAGUCCAAGAUCAGCACUAAGCCGCAGACAGAGAUGGAGUACGAGUUCGGCUCCGAUUUGGACUUCAUCUACCCCUUGGAUGAUGCGAGUACCUCAGGGGGCUGGCGCAUGACGCCCGACGAACCGGAGCCGGAAAGCUCGGAGCAACUCUUCAUGAACCGCGCCAAGGCCAGACCGAAGGAGCCGAAGCCGAAGCCCGGCUCCGUCGCCCCGCGCAAGGAGUACGUGCCUUGCGGCGGCUCGUUUGCGCUGAAUGGAACCAUCCAGGAACUCCUGUGGUUCCGUGACGCUUGUGAAGAACACCUGGCCCGGGCAGCAGGCUCGGCUCGCGGGACCAACCCGUGGCUUGGGAGUAUAGUCUUGGCUUUGCGAAGCGUGGCUGGCAGGGCUGGGAAGCGGAAGUGGAAGGUGGAAGAGCUCAUGGGACAACUUCUGGAGACGUCCGCCCAGCCUGGCAACCUUCGUCAGACGAGUUGGAUUCAUUUUGACUGGUUUCAACUGGCUUCGCGUGUUGGACAAGGGCGAGGAGACUGCCUGAUGGAUGGUGGUGACGGCAUGUCAUGCGAGUUUGCUCGAAUGCUUGACGCAGAUCAGAAUGCCUUGAUCGAUUUCUUGGGCUUUGAAGCUUUCGAGUUGGUGGAGCAACUCAUCGAACGCCGGCGGCAAAUCCUAGAGGAUUGGGUCGAGUUAAAGAAACAGGCCUCCGAGCUGAUCUCCAAGCAGGGCACUGUGACGACGGCCAAGCCGCAGCGGGGCACGAGCUUCGGUCCGGCGCUCGGUUCACCUCCCGUCGAUUCGAAGAUGUUGCGUCGGCAGUCCACGGGUCGGGCCGGAUGCCAUGAUCCACUGCUGGGCCUUUUGCUUUCUGGGGAUCCGUCUGGAGAUUGGCAGUCUGUGGAGAUCACAGACGAGACCCGGGUGAUGAGUGCUCCUCGGCCCCCAUGCACCGGCUGCACCAGAGGUGUGCAGCGUUUGUUGGUGACCUUGAAGCUGUUGCCCGCCGAGGCCAAGCUUUCACCUGGCUGUUUGCUCUUCGUCCAAUACCUUCGUGCGCGGAGCAUCAAGGUGGUGGUCUUCGAUAUGGACUUGACCAUGGGCGGAGGCCAUUGUGGUGAAGGCAUCCUGAAGGAGGAUGCGGGCGCCUACAUCGCCAAAGCCAGUCCAGACUUCGUCGAGGCCCUUCGGGCGCUGGUGGCACUGGACUUCAAAUUGGCGGUUGCCACCAACAGCGAUCCGGCAGAAUAUGAUUUGCCUGGCCAGAGCCGGGAGAGUCACAUCUUGGGACCCGACUUGGCAACUGCUUUGAUCAAGUAUUGGUGCCGGGAGGCCCUCCCGAAGUUUGAGGUCAUGGUGGGCUUUGACCCAGACCUGCAUGAUGAUCCAAGGCUUCUAGGGAAGUCCCACCACAUGCGGAUCAUUGCUGAGCACUACCAAGUGCCGUUUGAGGAGAUGCUCCUCAUUGAUGACAGUGCUCGGAACCUGCGAAAUACCGAUGGCUGGCAAGGACUCCUGGUGCGCGAACCCAAAGUCGGCUUCCGCUUCGAAGACUGCCAGAGCUGA